AUGAAACAAUUGACAUCACUUGAUAUUUCUGGCAAUGGAAUUGGUGAUGAAGCCAAAUUGAUAAGUGAAAUGAAACAGUUGAUAUCACUCAAUAUUGGUAAAAAUGAAAUUGGUGAUGAAGAAGCCAAAUUGAUAAGUGAAAUGAAACAAUUAACAUCACUUAAUAUUUCUGACAAUCUAAUUGGUGAUGAAGGAGCCAAAUUGAUAAGUGAAAUGAAACAAUUAACAUCACUUAAUAUUUGUUGCAAUCGAAUUGGUGUAGAAGGGGCCAAAUAUCUAAGUGAAAUGAAACAGUUGAUAUCACUUAAUAUUUGUGAAAAUGAAAUUGGUGAUGAAGGAGCCAAAUUGAUAAGUGAAACCAGACAAUUAACAUCACUUAAUAUUGGUUUCACUCAAAUUGGUGGUGAAGGAGCCAAAUUCAUAAGUGAAAUGAAACAAUUAACAUCACUUGAUAUUUCUGACAAUCUAAUUGGUGUAGAAGGAGCCAAGUUUAUAAGUGAAAUGAAACAAUUAACAUCACUUAAUAUUUCUGACAAUCUAAUUGGUGAUGAAGGAGCCAAAUUGAUAAGUGAAAUGAAACAAUUAACAUCACUUAAUAUUUCUAACAAUCAAAUUGGUGGUGAAGGAGUCAAAUUGAUAAGUGAAAUGAAACAAUUAACAUCACUUGAUAUUUCUAACAAUCAAAUUGGUGAUGAAGGAGCCAAAUUAAUAAGUGAAAUGAAACAAUUAACAUCACUUAAUAUUUCUGGCAAUCGAAUUGGUGAUGAAGGAGCCAAAUCUAUGAGUGAAAUGAAACAAUUAAAAUCACUUGAUAUUUCUUACAAUCAAAUUGGUGAUGAAGGAACCAAAUUGAUAAGUGAAAUGAAACAGUUGAUAUCACUUAAUAUUCGUGCCAAUCGAAUUGGUGAUGAAGGAGUCAAAUAUAUAAGGGAAAUGAAACAAUUAACAUCACUUACAUAUAAGGGAUUAUAUUGA